AUGGGUUCUCGGUACAGAGCGAGGUUUAUUACUGAACAUCUGUCCCAGGAAGAUGAUGAUACCUGUAGUGAUUAUGGGAGUCGUGACAAACCAGGGACCACUUUAGGAAGGACUGUGCCAGAUGGGAAUGUGCUUUUUCCAGAUAUUUUUCAAACUGAUCAUCUUUUGUUUUAUGAGCGAUUUAAAGCCUACCAGGAUUAUAUUUUGGCUGACUGCAAAGCUUCUGAGGUGAAAGAAUUCACAGCUGAGUACCUGGAGAAGGUCCUUGAACCAUCAGGAUGGCAGGCAAUCUGGCGCACUAAUGUGUUUGAGGUCCUGGUUGAGGUGGUUGACGUGGAGUACUCAACUCUGAAAGCAAUUGUGCAACUCAGUGAGCCUUUCCUGUGCGAGUCGCAGGUUAGCACCUUUACUUUGGAGUGCAUGCGGGAACUCUUGGAGCUGAAGGAGCAUCAGAUACCACUGCAGGAGCUGUGGGUUGUGUAUGAUGAGUCGGGAGAGUUUGAUCAGACAGCGCUAGCCAUAGAGCAUGUCAGGUUCUUCUACAAGUACAUCUGGAGGACUUGGGAUGAGGAGGAGGAGGAUGAUUUUGAUUACUUUGUGCGAUGUGUUGAGCCUCGACUGAGACUGCAUUAUGACAUCCUUGAACAUCGUGUUCCUUCUGGGCUUGUAGCUGAUUACCAGAACUUGUUAUCUCAAUGUGAGGAGCUCUACAGGAAGUUUUUAAAUUUGAGGAGCAGCAUGUCAAGCAAUGAUUCGGACUCGGAAGCAGAAAACAUUUCCAUGGUGGAAGGACUAAAGCUGUAUGAGAAGAUAGAGCAUUUAAAACAAAAGCUAAAACUAAUUGAGAAUCCUCUUCUGAGGUAUGUGUUUGGUUAUCAAAAGUACAGUGGUCUCCAAGCUAAAGGACUGAGAGCAACAGGUACCAAGAUCACUCAUGUUGUAUCCUCAACCGUGAUGGCAAGCCUGUUGCAGUCACUGAUAAGGGACAAACUUUGUCCUGAAUCUUACGGUGAAGAACUAGAAAUACAGUUUCACAGUGAUCCACUGGCAGCUGUAAAUGCCUGUUAUGAAGGAGACACUGUCAUCAUCUGUCCUGGUCAUUAUGUUGUAGAUGGUGUGUUCUGCAUUGCUGAUUCAAUUGAACUAGAAGGCUAUGGUCUGCCAGAUGAUAUCGUGAUAGAAAAGCGAGGGAAAGGAGACAACUUUGUUGACUGUACAGGAGCCAAUAUAAAGAUCUCCAGUUUGAAGCUAGUGCAACAUGAUGCUGUGGAGGGGAUUUUAAAUGUUCACCAUGGGAAAACCAUCCUCGAGAACUGUGUAUUACAGUGUGAGACUACAGGCAUAACAGUACGAACAUCAGCUGAGCUCUUAAUGAAAAAUUCAGAUCUGUAUGGUGCUAAGGGUGCCGGUGUGGAAAUAUAUCCAGGCAGUACGUGUGCCCUGUUAGACAACGGCAUACACCACUGCAAGGAGGGAAUCCUUAUAAAGAACUUCUUAGAUGAGAAUUAUGACAUCCCCAAGAUAACCAUGGUCAAUAACAUGAUUCAUAAUAAUGAAGGAUAUGGAGUGGUCCUGGUUAAACCAGCAAUCCCAUCUGAUGUAAGGGAUGUUUCAGCAGAGAAAAGAGAAGGGAGUACACAGCCUCACCCAGGCAGUGAGAGAGCCUGUGGAGAGGGCUUCAGACAUGAAGAACUACCUGAAUGUGUAACUGAUGAAUUGGAGCUUUACGAGCAAGCUGAGAUUUCUGAACAAACUGAAAGCAAUUAUGAAAUUGCAAAUGAACUUGGUGCUACUUCCGCAAAGAAGAGCCAGAUGCGCAAGAAAAGGCUGAGUGAACUGGGAAUCACAGAAGCUGAUGACAACUUAAUGUCACAGGAAAUGUUUGUUUCUAUUGUGGGCAAUCAGUUCAAAUGGAAUGGGAAAGGGAGUUUUGGUACCUUCCUCUUCUGACUGUCCUGACUUAAUGGCAUUGCAGUAAAAGAUUUGCACAAACUAUUAAUUUCACUGCUGCUUUCCAAGAAGCUGGCCUGUUUCAUCUGCCUUCCAUUAUGUUACUAAAAUGUGAUAAAUAUUUAUUAACAGUUUAAAUAUUGCAUGUGGAAAUUUUGCUUCCUUCCUGCAAAUAUGGAAAACAUGGUAGAAAACAGAACUUGAACAUGGAAACCUUGCAUGGAGUCCACUAAUCCUCAUGCUUGUUCUUUGCUGGCUGAUUAAUUUUUUUAGUGUAUUUAUUGAACUUCUAAUUGUUAAGUGGACAAAAAAAGUACAGCAUUAAUGGUACCUCUCCCUCUAUUAAGCACAGAUAACCUGCAGCUGAUUUCUCUAUACAAUUGACUGAAUUUUUCAUGUUGUAUAUUAAACAGAAGCUAAUGAAAUGCUCUUCCUUAGGAAAUGUAGUGCUUGGCUGCCAUGUUUUAUAUUCAAAGGAUUUUCUAGAAACUCUAGCGCCUGAAAAGGUAGGAUCAUUCUGACUGUCUUCAUAUGCCACGUGUUGACUUCCAGCAGCUAACAAUGUCAGUGCAUGUUUUCUGUAGGGAGUACAGUGUUUAACUGAAUUCCAUUUGUCUGAAUAAAGAGAAAUCAAAGUAAAUGUGUUUCUCGUUAUUAGUGGUAUCCCUGCUGCACCUUUUGGUGCUUUUAAACAUUUUUAAAAUUGUUAUGCUACUAGUAGCAGCAGAUGGAGGUCUCCGAACUGAAUGGAAAGCUUUAAAAACCCAACUUUCCACUGAAAUUUUGUGUCAGGCUAUAGCUGUGGAACAGAGGCACUUGAGUGGCUCACCCUUGUGUAUUAUUAACCUUUACUUGAGGGAAAAAUUGGAUGGACUGGCUGACUGACGACUUUCCUUCUCAGUGCCUCUCUGAUUUUUUUUUUUAAU